AUGAUGAAUGAUAUUGAAAUGAGCUCUCCAGUAGAUGGAACACAUGUUUCUGAACUGGAUUCCUCAGAAAGUGUACUUGCGCUACUGGAGGAAACUAAAAGCUCAAGCAAAGAACUAGGCCUUCAACAACUUGAUAAAAUCGUAGACUAUUUCUGGCCUGAAAUUGUUGAUAAUUUACCAUUACUUGAGGAUUUAUAUCAAGAUAAAGGUUUUAAAUUUAGAAAAUUAGCCUCUUUGGUAAUAAGUAAAGUGUAUUAUCAUAUGGAGGAAUAUACACAAGCAUUACAAUAUGCACUAAAUGCUGGAGAAUACUUUAAUACUACACAAUAUUCAGAAUAUACAAACAUAAUGCUUGCAAAAGCUGUUGAAGAAUUCAUUAAAGUUAAUGUAUCCAAAUAUGAACAAAAUGAUAAAUUCCAACAUCAAUUCGAUUCUACAACCUUAGGUAUAAUUAUACUCACACUAAUUACACACUUAAGUUACUCUGUUACACACUUAAGUUACUCUGUUACACACUUAAGUUACUCUGUUACACAUAGUUACAGUAAGUCAUUGGAAUUAUUAGUAAUAAAUAUGAUGUAUAAUAGUGUAUCAUGUGGUGAAGAAUAUCAAGCGAUGGGAAUAGCAUUGGAUAGUAGAAGAAUAGAUUUGGUAUUGAAGAUAUUCGAAUCGAAUUCAAGAGUCAGCAAGUUAUUAAAUUAUACGAUAGGGUUAUUAUCAAAUGUGACUAGUAAGACAUUUAGAGAUUUAGUAUAUGAGAAAUUGAGAGAUAUACUAUUCGAGUCAGUUUCACUAUUAGAACUCAAUUUCUCAAAUUUGUGUGUAUGUCUUUAUCAAUUAAAUGAUUAUGAACGUAUGGCAUCAUUGUUGAAUGAACUUAUUCUGACUGGAAAUCAUCUUAAAGCGUUCCAAAUUGCAUAUGACCUUGUCGACAUUGGUGACCAAAAGUUUCUAAAAUCAGUACAACAAUCCAAUUCCUUAAAUAAUAACUCAUUAAUGCUAGAAAGACUUAAAUAUAUCCUCUCUGGAACUAGUACUAUUGAAUUAUAUCUCCAAUUCCUACAUCGAAAAAAUCAUACAGAUCUUAGACUUCUAGAACAAAUUAUGACUAGUGUUGAUCAAAGGAAUAGUAUAACGCAUAAUGCAAUAGUAAUAUCACAUGCAUUAAUGCAAGCAGGAACAUGUUGUGAUACAUUUUUAAGAGAUAAUUUAACUUGGCUUUCUAAAGCUAAUAAUUGGUCCAAAUUCACUGCUACAGCUUCUAUUGGAGUUAUACACAAAGGAUUUACAAAUGAAUCAAAGAAAGUAUUAUCAUCAUAUUUACCAACUGAAUCUGGUGGAGGUUCUUAUUCUGAAGGUGGUUCACUUUAUGCUCUAGGAUUAAUACAUUCGAAUCAUUUUGAUUUAUCAGCAAAGGAAUUAUUAUUAAAUUCAUUAAGAAAUGAAGGAGCUGAAGAAUCUGUACAUCAUGGUGCAGCAUUAGGUUUAGGACUCGUUUGUAUGGGACAAUGUGAUUAUGAAUUGUAUGAAGAAUUGAAAGGAGUAAUGUUUAGAAAUAGUGCUGUACCAGGACAAGCAGCAGCUAUAGCAAUAGGAUUAUUAAUGCUUGGAAGUGGAAAUGAAAAUGUAGUUGAUGAAUUGUAUACAUUUUCAUAUGAAACACAACAUGAAAAGAUUAUUAGAGCAUGUGUUAUCGCUAUUGCUAUGAUUCUAUAUCAACGUGAAAAACAUGCUGAUGUGAUAAUAAGUAAAUUAUGUCGUGAUAAUGAUUCUAUAAUAAGAUAUGGUGGAAUGUUUUGUUAUGCUAUGGCAUAUUGUGGAACAGGAUCAUCAUAUGCUGUGAAACAAUUAUUAUAUUCUGCGGUAUCUGAUGUAUCUGAUGAUGUAAGAAGAGCAGCUGUGAUAUCAUUAGGAUUUGUUCUUUGUAAUACGCCAAACCAAGUGCCGAAAGUUUUGAAAUUACUCUCCGCAUCAUAUAACCCACAUGUUAGAUACGGAGUCACAAUUGCAUUGGGCGUUAGCUGUGCAGCAUCAGGAACAUCAGAAGCAACUAAAAUACUACAAACACUAUCAACAGAUCGUAGUGAAUUUGUAAGACAAGGUAAUACAAUUGUUAAGACACUAGUCAAUUGUGUCACUAGAGCAUUUAUUGGUUGGGGAUUGGUAUUACAACAAUCAAGUUAUGAAAGUGCAAAUGAUGUGAUGUCAGUAACAGAAAAUUAUCUAUCAGUGAUAUGUGAUAAACAUCAAGAUGUGAUGGCAAGAUUUGGAGCAAUUUUAGGAUUAGGAUUAAUGAGUGCAGGAGGUCAAAAUUGUGUAGCGUCAUUGUAUACAGUGAGAGGAAAUAUGCGUAGAGAAGCUGUAGUUGGAUUUCUAAUGUUCACACAAAUGUGGUAUUGGCACUCAUAUAUACAUUUUGUAUGCCUCACAUUCCAACCAACUUGUUUAAUCGGUUUAACUGAAGAUUUAAGAGUACCGAUAGGAUAUAAAGUGUUAUGUUCAGCACCACCAAAACUGUUUGAUUAUAUUCCACAUUUAAGUAAGACAUUUUCACAAGAUAAGAAAGAUGAAGUCACUGCAGUCUUGUCAAUUUCAGCAAAAAGAAAUGCAUGGCUCUCAAAUAAAACACAUCCUGAACCAGAACCAGAAAAAGCAACAAAAACUGAUGAUUCAUCAUCCAUACUAUCUGAUGGUAAAUCACUCAGAGCUGAGAUAAGUAGUAUAGCAGCAACAAUGGGUCAUUCAAGUAGAGAUUCAAGUGCUGAUUCAAGUGUAGAUAACAAUGAAGAUAUAUCAAUAAUGAAUAAUGAAGAUAUAUCAAUAAUUAGUGAUAGUGGAGAUGGAACAGUAUCAAAGAUGGGAAUUUAUAAUUCAGGACUUGAGGGCUUGAAAUCUAAACAUUUCGAGUCUUUUACAACUCAGUUAGACAAUCCAUGUAGAAUGUUGCCGAAACAAGCAGUUUUCUGUACCUGUAAAGACUCGAGAUAUGAACCCGUGUUCCCAGACCGCAAUUAUGGAAUCACACUACUAAUAGAUCAUUGCCCAGGAGAACACGAAGAAUACCUUGUCUAUGAUAGCAGUCAGCCAGAGGCCCCACCCUUCACCCCCUUCAUACUUGAUAAUUAA